AUGGGCGCCGGUCGGUCCGCCUCCGACGCCGUGCGGCGGUGCGGCGAGCCGCGGCUGCUGCCGGCACGACGGGGGAGCAUUGGCGCACGCGCUAGUGUUGAACAGCGCCACGUGGCAGCGGCGUCAGCACAAGCGGCGGACACAGCGGCCUUCUCGCAGGGCGGCUUCGAGCAGCUGCUGCUGGACCUGCAGGCCGCCAUCUGUCACCAGUCAGCAGCGCGGGACGGCAGCGGCAAGGCGUUCGUGGAGGAGCGGUGGGAGCGCGACCCCGGCAACCCGUGGGCGGGGUAUGGCAUCACCCGCGUGCUGGAGGGCGGCCAUGUGCUCGAGAAGGCUGCUGCCAACGUGUCCAUCGUUAGAGGCCAGCUCACUGCGGCACGCGCCAAGGCCAUGAGUGCGAGGCAGGGGAGGCAGCUGGCAGAGGGGACGGGGUACUUCGCCGGUGCGCUGUCGCUGGUGUUCCACUCCGCGCACCCGCUCAUCCCCACCUUCCGCUCCGACAUCCGCUACUUCCAGGUGGACGGGCAGAACGGCUGGUUUGGUGGAGGGGCCGACCUCACGCCUUCAUACCUCUUCCCGGAGGACAUCAGGGAGUUCCACGCGUUCUACCGCGCCAUCUGCGACCGCUACCACCCGGCGCUGUACGCGGCGGCCAAGGCGCAGUGCGACAGGUACUUUUACCUGCCGGCGCGCGCGGAGCACCGCGGGGUGGGCGGCAUCUUCUUCGACGACCUCGACCGCAUCCCCCCACCCCACGCCCCCCUCGCCCUCAGCCCCUCUGCUGCUUCCGCACCCGCUACUGCUGCUGGCGCGGGCGAGGAGGGCUUUGAACGGGCGCAUCGCUUCACGGUGGACGUGGCGCGGGGCUUCAUGGACAGCUUCUGGCCCAUCGUGGACAGGCGGCGUGGCUUGGCGUUUACUGAGGCGCAGCGGCAGUGGCAGCUGGAGCGGCGGGGGCGGUACCUGGAGUUCAACCUGCUGUACGACCGCGGGGUGAAGUUCGGCAUGGAUGGCCACGGGCGCGUGGAGUCCAUCAUGGUGUCCGCUCCACCGCUGAUCGCGUGGCGCUACAACGUGCAGCCGCAGCCAGGCUCGCCAGAGGAGGAGCUGGUCAAGGACCUGACGACGAGCCUCAUCGUCAUCCUCACCGCUGGUGACAACAGCCAUGACGAGGGACUUGGAGCCCAUGCCUCAGUCAUGCCUGCCGAGCAUUCUCAAGAACCGCCUGCUGUAGUGCGCAAUGGCCUAUCUGUGCUGGGUGUUCUUCCCCGCCUGCCUGAGUCCUACAGCGUGCCGAUUUCACCACUGCCACGUCCCGCUUCUCCAGUGCGCAGUGUAGGCACCGUCUUCCCGUUCGAGCCGCCAUCCACGUCGGCUGACUGGGAGCCGCACCCAUCAGUUGUUCUUGUGCCUGGCGGUGGGGAAGGGUCAUCCAGGCCACCGGCGGAUUCACCGUCUACUGUGAAUAGCACGCCGGUCAAACGCCCGUGGGUCGCUGUGAAGUACAAGGAGCAGCGCCUCUGGGGAGCUCCUCCUCCUGGGAGGGUUGCCUCUCCGCAACGUGAUGCUGAUCCUGAAGAUGAAGCGCCGCCAAAAACAGCCGGUGAUGUUAUGUAUGACACGAUAAAGCAUCGCUAUGAGUCUGAGUGGCGGAAUAAAUUUAAGUGGUUACGUCUCAUUCGGUUGCCUAACGGUCUUGCCAAGUUGAAGUGCGACAUCUGCGUGCAGCAUGGAGACCCCACCGCUCACACUAGCUAUGGUGCGAAGGGCGAGGGUGGGCGCGACCUCCAGAUUGGUAGCGUCCGGGCCCAUUCCGCGACGAGAGCCCACAAGAACGCGUUGAAAGCCCAAGCAGAAGCGGAAGCGGACAAGGCGAAACAAGUGAGCAUCACCCGCUGGCAGACAACCAACGCGUCGACGAGGCACAUCAUUCGCGUUCUGCACAUCGCUGUCUUCGUCUGCAAGGCGGAUGCGCCAAUCGCGAUGUUCAUCCCGCUCUGCUGGUUCUUGGCGAAGGAAGGUCUUCCCGACCUCCCCAACAGUGGUGAUUACGGCGCCUACUACACAGAGUAG